UUUACCGAUUGUUUUAAAAAUCAUUUGUGUUUUCCGGACUCUCUGUGCGCUCACAUACCAGAGAAGGGAAGGGAAUACCUGUCGACAAAUCCCAAUCUUUGUACUAUCGCUAAUAUUGUCAUGAAUUUAACGACUAAACGGCUCCGGACUAUCCGACACAUCAUCAUAAGAGGUGAUCCAUACACUCGUGGACACAGUUAUGGACAACAGUUGAAGGAGAAGAUUGUGAAGAAUAUAAACUAUUAUAAAGAACUCUACCAUCUUCUCGAUUGGACACAAGUGGAAGAGUUUAUGAAUAAAAACUAUGUAAAAGCUCUGAACAAAUACUUCCCGUCGGGUCUCCAAGAGAUGAGAGGUAUAGCGGCCGGCGCUGAGGUCUCACUCGAGGACAUCAUUGCAUUGAACGCCAGGUAUGAGUUGAUGAAGUGGAACCGACAGCUCAUUAAGAAAAACAGAGAGCAGUUGACAAAUGUCUCAAAGGAUAAACAGGCAGAUUUGCCUCCAGCGCCACACGAGUGCACUUCAGCCGUAUGUCUAUCAAAGGCUACACAAUCGGGUGAUGUCCUGAUGGGACAGAAUUGGGAUCAAAACAAGCGUAUGUUAGCCGAAGAUAUGUUGCAUCUGCUGGAAGUAUAUCCCGACCCCUCCGAGAAUAAGGUGCCUUUCAUUAUGCUUACAGAAGUGGGACAAUUGGGCCGCAGCGGCAUCACUGGAAUGAGUAUUUUCUCCAGCGAUGAUGUGUUUGGCGAAGACAGCGGAUCCGGUUAUAUACCAAUUAGUCUAUUUAGACGUAUGUUUCUGGAGGCGCCCACAUUCCCGGUGGCAAUCCUGCGACUAAUGGUCGCCCCCAGACAUGUGUCCGUCAAUAUGACUGUGGCGUCGGCUGAGGGCGAGGCCUUCAAUAUAGAGAUGACACCCAAACACUACUUCGUCUCUUACCCUCCUUUUGAUACCGAUAUCAUAACUCAUAGCAAUCUUUUCAAAUCCGAUGCAUUCUUUGCCAACGGAUCCGUCAAAGACACGUAUAACUGCAGCUCAUCGCUAAUCCGCGACCGACAGAUGCAAAGAGAGUUACUCAAUAGAUUGGGCACUAUUGAUGAGAAGAGUUUUACCGAUUGUUUUAAAAAUCAUUUGGGUUUUCCGGACUCACUGUGCGCUCACACACCAGAGAAGGGAAGGGAAGACAUAAAUAUACAAUUUGACACGGACGGGAAGAAGACUACCAGUCCUUUGCUUAGCUGGCGAUUACACAAAGGGAUUAUACUCUCAAUCUUAAGUGCAGUCUGUUUCGCCUUCUCAUCGGUUAUUGUCAAGUACUUAAAGGACAUUUCUCCCUCACAAUUGGCUGUAUUUAGAUUUGUGGGUAUAUUUGUGUUAACCAUUCCUCUGGUCAUUAAAAAUGGUGGCCAUAUAUUUGGUCCGAAAGAAGUGCGGCAUAUAUUGGUCUUAAGGUGUAUAUCGGGCGCCACAUCACUAUUCCUCGAGUUCUAUGCCUUCAGACUCUUACCACUUGUCGACGCGUCGAUUAUCACGUUUUCAAUAGUAGUGUUUGUGUCAAUGUUUGCCUGUGUUUUCCUUAAAGAGUCGUGCGGUAUAUUCCAGACAAUAAUAGUAGUGUUGACAAUGUUUGGCGUCAUUCUUACCACCAAAUGUUUGGACACAUUUUUUCAGCCGACAGCACAUCCAAUGUCACAGAAUUCAACACAUUUUGUCAAUUCAACAACAGAUCAACAGUUAUUACAUACAAUUCAUACAUCAAAUCACAAUCAUUUAUACGGAGUGUUAGCGGCGUUUGGCUGUACUUUCUUCGGUUCAUUAGUUUUUAUAUUCAUUCGCCAAUUAAAAGACGUUCACUACUCGAUAAUAAUGUUUAAUUUCGGAUGGAUUUCAAUAAUCCUAACUCUAAUCAUGACUGCAAUAGUAAACGGGUUUUCAAUGCCUAAAACACUGUUUGAAUGGGGAUUAAGCCUAUCGUUGGGUUUACUCUCAUUUAGUGGUCAAGCGUUGAUGACUUUGGCCCUGCAGUCAGAACAGGCCGGACCCGUGGCUGUGGUUAGAGAGUCCACUGAUAUUAUACUAUCAUUUGUAUUUGACAUAACGUUAUUUCAUAUAAUUCCCGACAUUUGGUCAAUCAGUGGCGCAACUGUUGUCUUCAUUUGCAUACUAUUAACCGCUUUUCAUAAAUGGCUUCAAAGCAGAGAUACUGAACCGAAAGCUAAAUCA